GCAAGCUGUCUGUUUGUGGUUUUUGAUGAUACAACACAUCGUUUUGACUCUCUAUUUAUUUGGAACUGAUUUCUUUCUUUGCAAAGUUUUAUUUUGUUUGUAAAAUGAAUCAUGGUGAGGACAGAGAAAAUCUCAGCGAUUUUCUUGGAGAAGCUGAACUUCAACAAUAUUAUGAACUCUUCAGGGACAUUUUGAAGGUCACGAAAGUGUCCCAACUUAAAUUUGUAGUGACCGAAGACUUGGUUCAUAUUGGACUAUCGAAGCCAGAACAGCGCCGAUAUAAAAAGAUAUAUUCGAAAUACUUUGCCCACUCAUACAUUCACAAAAUAAAGAAACUACUAACCUCAAAUAAAAAACAUGAAACUCACUUGCCAGCCCAUUCAUCAAUGGCUUUAGAAUUACCACCGUUUCCGGAGACUACUUUCAAAGUUCCUACCAAGCACAUCAUCUCUAUUGAAGACAUAACCAUCAAUAAAGAAUUGGGGAUGGGUCAGUUUGGAGUUGUACAACAAGGCACCUGGUCGACUGGAAAUCAGAGGCUGCAAGUUGCCAUAAAAUGUUUGGGUCAUGAGCGCAUGACUUCAAACUCCACGGAGUUCCUCAAAGAAGCAGCGGUUAUGCACAGCAUCGAGCAUCCCAACAUUGUUCGACUGUAUGGUGUGGUGCUGCACUUGGACUCACUAAUGCUGGUGACCGAGUUGGCUCCGCUCCGCUCGCUUCUCGAGUGCAUCCGUGAGGUGGCGCUUCGCCCUAACUUCCCUGUGCCGAAUCUGUGUGAAUUCGCCGAACAGAUCUGUGAUGGAAUGACUUAUCUGGAAAAGAAAAGACUGAUUCAUAGGGAUUUAGCGGCAAGGAAUAUCUUAGUGUUUAACAAAGAUCGCGUCAAAAUUUCCGAUUUUGGUCUGUCCCGUGCUCUGGGCGUCGGCAAAGAUUACUACCAAACAAACUACAAUGUCAAUCUGAAAUUGCCUGUCGCUUGGUGCGCCCCUGAAUGCAUACUUUACUUGCGUUUUACGUCAGCAAGUGACGUGUGGGCAUUCGGAGUCUGCUUAUGGGAGAUGUUCACUUACGGCUUCCAACCCUGGGCGGCUUUCUCUGGACAGCAAAUCCUUGAAGCCAUCGACGCUCCCAAUUUCCAGCGACUGGAGUGUCCGGAGUGCUGUCCGGAAGACUACUACUCUACGAUGCUUGAGUGUUGGUCGCACGAUCCCAACGAUCGUCCGAAGUUCAGAGAUCUGAGCGGGAGGCUGAGGGAUUUACGUCCCGAACAGGUGCAAACAGUAGUCGGGUUUUCCAAACCCGAUGAUGGCCGCCGGAGCAACUUGAUCGAGUACAAGAUUGGACAAAUCAUUACGGUUUUGGGAAAAGAGAGCAUGACCAAUUCAUCAAUGUGGUAUGGAGUGCUGCCCGCCGGCGCUUGCGGUAUGUUCGACCCCGCGCAUGUGAAGCCCUACUCCGGGCCCGAAAAGCUAUCCAUGGCGUGUUCCCUCUCGCCUCAUCCGAUCCGGAGUUCCAUCCGGGCGCGGCCCUCGCUCCUGCGGUCCGACGUCAAACGCCACACGUAUACCGGCAAGAGGACGAUUCAGAGAAGCAUGAUAUCAAGCCCACAAGGUGACGUCAAACACACUGGACACGUCGGCUUGGACGGCGCGUACUUCGGAGAUAUUUCCUUCCUGGAUCCGGCUGGUUGCCCGCCGCGUCAAGUCGUGACACCGUACAAGCCAUCUGAGGACUUGGAGCAGAUGCCGCUCCUCAACCCCAACUCGCCGUCCCAUCUGUCUGCGGCGUCGUGCACGCCGCCCUAUCCUCUGCUGAGUCCUGCGCGCACGGCGAGGACCUGCGACGAAGUGGAUCUACCCUCCACUUCCAAAGCAAAAAGCCAGAAAAAACCAACCCAUCACUCGUUUGAACCAACCACCAGCAAGAGUCUAUUGAACAAGGUGAAGUCGGCGACCAUCGGACGUGCACAUAAGAGCGAAGAUAUCACUCGAACUGACGAAGUCCACGAGUAUCACGAAAUAUCCGACACAGAUACGGAUAGCAUUGCUACGGAAAACGCGAGGGCCGAAGGCUUGGCGCAGCCCGAGAGCCCGGGGAUACCAAAAACCUACGGCGAUUUCAGCCAAAGUUUGCUGGACCAGAUGGAGUCCAUGUUUCGCAGUUACGACGGCAGACGCCGAGAAGAAGCUGGAGCUACAAGCAAACAAGUUGAUUCGGAUACAGAAUUGAGGACACACACAUUGAACAAGAGCGAAAAAAAGAAACACAAUGAAACCGGAACCAUGAAGUUGAUGUCUGCUCACGAUGAGAAGACCCUGGACACAGCAUGCGCUUUGGCCCAUGAACUGACCACCAGGUCGAUGACGGAUCUCGAUAACAGAGCGCCCAGCUCUCCCAGCGACCGCUCCAAGUUCCACUUCAAGUUCCCUUCGGUGGCGCUGCACCACGCGCCGCAGGAGCCUGACCGCGAGCCCUACGGAAAACCAGAACGCCGCAACUUCAGCGAGGAAGCUAGCCGAGUGCCGAACAUUCAAGAGUCAUUCACCGAAGAGAGCAAGGCGGCGUAUACGAGUCUGAUCGAGGAGCCGACUCCAUCUACGUCGAUGAGGCCGCAAAUGGUCUCGGAGCCCAGGUUUACGGAGUCCAAGUGUGGGACCAUCCCGAAGCAAGGGCCUCGCCUCCCCGCCAGGAACCAGUUCAACUCGCUGCAGGUCCCUAAGACUUCAACUUCAACUCACAGGCAACCAUCUCCAAAACGUGCCAGUGGUCACCAAAACUUCGAACAAGAUAGCGUGAACGAACUGCCGCUGCCUCCGCGUGCAAACAAGCCCAAGCUUGUUGACAAGCCACGUCACAUCAGAAAAUACCCGUUGCUGCUGCCCGAAAGGGAGGCCAGGCCGGCAGACACCGGCCCUCCGGUCCAGCCGCGCCCGAUCAUCUACCAGAACGCCGUCACCCAGCCAAAGAAACACCCCGCCCCAAAGAAAGGAACGGACGCUCUCGACGGACCGGGCCCGUCCAACAUCAACCCCUUCCAAGACGUAGCGGGACCCAGCUGGGCUAACCCGUUCGAUGGCUACGUAGAACCGGUGCAGUUCGAAGACGACUCUGACAGCGACGGAAUGGCCGAAGCGGCGGCAGCACAAUCUUUAGUGCGAGACUGCUCAGACCACGUAUCAGUAGAGGAUUUACUGGAAUUCGCAGAUCAGAAGCCAUGCGGACGCCAGCGUGGCGUCGAGUCGGAUGAAGUCAGGAUCAUGUGCAAAGUCCUCAAACAGCAGGUGAGCCCCGAAGAAUGUUUGCAAGCGCUAGAGCUGAGCGAUUGGAACGUCCACAACGCGAUCAAGCUGAUGAGAGUCAAGCUCACGGCGGGGCCCGACGUCGCACUGGAGGAGUGUGGGGCCCAACUGGCCACGGCGGCGGGGGACAUCGUCAAGGCUCUGGCCGCGCUCAUGAUCACUAAGCCUGACAAGUAAACUUAUAUCGUCAUCAGCCGGCUGAUAAGUAAACGUCGAAUCGUAUAUCAUCAUGCUUUGGCCGGGCUGAUGAUCUUUAAACCUGCUGACAAGUAAACACUAAACUAAAGGUAUAUUGUCUUAGGCAGGCUGAUAAUGAUCGUAUAUCAUAGUCACAAGCUCUGACCCCGCUGAUGAUCAGAGCCGGCUGAUAAGUUAACGGAAAACUUGUGUCACCAAUUCAUCAUAAACGGGAAACUUAUCGCCAUGAGCCAGCUGAUAAGUAAACAGGGAAUCCUAUAUCAUCAUAAUAAGCUGAUAAGUAAACUUAUCUUCAUCAUUAUGAUCGUGAAAAUGCGAUUACGCUCAAGAACAGUAUUGAUAUUUUGAUAAACGCAACGGUUAACGAGUCAUCUUCAUCAUGAACAAUUUGAUUGUUAAAAUAUCUCAUUGACCUUUUGAAAAACUUUUUUAAAUCAUAAUUUGGUGUACGUGUGAAUUCUAAAUGUUAUGCGUUAUAUCAUUAGAGUAACAUAUCUAAUGGUUAAAAAUUUGAUGGUAGUAGUCAAUAAGAUAAUUCAGGAAUACAAUAAUAAUACUAACAUAUAACACCAACUUUUCGAAUUAGCGUGUUUCUAUCUUGGGAUGUGAUUUAAUAUAAUUAUUUACAUUGUUAACAUACGAAAGCGGCAAAUUUGUCCCACCCCUCUAAGGCUGUGCGUAAGCUCAGAAGUUCUAUCAUAUGUGCAUAGGACCGUACGCGCAGCUUUUCGUAAACCAUGUCCAAUAAAAUAGUGUUGUCUAUUGUUUUGCCUUCUCUUGUCUUUUAUUGCGACAGGAGAACACAAAACACGUUUUACUAUUAACUUGAUAAAUAACGUUUAUUUAAUAAAUGUUUAUAAAGUAGUACAUGGAUGGCGUAGACAUCGAUUUAGUCAAUUUUUGAGAAUGUUCGUAACCUUUUUUUACUACAUAUCUAUUUGAUAUGUUUUUGAUUAACGUGCUAUUUAAUCGAUGUUAGUGUUGCUCAUGAAGUUAUAUCAUUAUUGUCGUUGUAGUCAGCGUCAAAAGUGACGGCUUUUCUACAAUCCAGGGAAUAACUUUAAACCCUUUUGAAACCUCCACUCUGAUUAGAGCGCUGGUCGCGCGAUAACUGUUUUUACAUACAAAACAUGCAAUAAAUGUGAAUCGACAAUAAUUUACAUUUGCUCUUCUGUGUGUUCUGUUACUUUUGACGCUGAAUUUAUUAAUUAAUUCGUAAAUAAAAUAUAGUAUGAAAUGAAAAUGGUGGUGCAGAACGUGUAUUUUUGUAAGUGCGCCGGAACUGACUGAUUGAGAAUAAGUAUUAUGUAUUUGAAUGUCACUGCGUAGAUGCAGUUGUUAGGGGUAUAAAAUAUAAAUUAUACAUGUAACUAUUACGUAAUUAUAGUAUUUGCGGUUAGCGGGGCGUAGGUACUACUACUAAUGCUGUAUUGUAUUUACCCCCGGGGAAGAGGCGAAGCGUGUCCCUCAUUCCCCUCACUGAUGAGGACUAAUUAUAGUGUUCCACCACAGACUGCGAAUGAGGUGUGGACCGAACUAUGCAAACGAAGUGUGUUAAGGAGCUAGAAAAGGAAGAGCUACUAUGCAUUUAUUGAGUUAGGCCCACUGGCAUAUCACAUUAAACUAUAUUCACUUUCGAAUAUUUCUAAGAAUAUUUAAAAUAUAAAUGUUUAGAGUUAAGAGGCAUUGAAACACAUUUUUGAUGUUAUUGAUGAACAUAAACUUUCCUUCUUGACUAAUAAGCCGAAAAUCAAUAGAAAUAAUAAUAUGAGUGUAGCAGUGCAGUGGGCCUUGUAGGACUUUACUCGUAAUGUGUAGAUUUGUUAGCUUUACAAUUCCUGAUUUGCGGAGCUGCGCUCAUGUAGGACUAGGAGAUAGCUUUAUAUGUGUAUUUAUAUUAUAUAUACACGAUCCCGUUAUAUGUAUAAAAACCAUACACAUCAACCGCCAGAUGAACAGUAUUACGAAUUAUCAUAAAUGAAUUUAAAAAAAUAGUUUUUGGUAAAAGCUGGUCUUUUUUUAAAUGCCUAUAUUUUUGUAGUGGCUUUAUAAAUACAUUAUACAAUUAUAUAUUUUUUAUAAGGUAAAUAGAUGGAAAUGUAACGGGAUCUUAGACUUUAGAGUAGUAUCUUACGGUUGUAACAUAUGAUUAUAACCUCGGUAGCCAUUUGAGUUUUUUUUUUCAUGUUGCCAAUAAUAUUUGUGCGUAGGUUAGCCAUAAUUUGCCGUAUCUAAAAUUCCCGUGAUAGAUCUCAGAUCUUAUUAUACUUACGUGCAACGUGCAGCUAAAUGCUAUCGAAUUUUAAUUUUUUUAAAUUUUACAAUUUUUGUAGAUAACUAAAAAUUAAUCGUAUAUUUAUUCUAUGUAUGUCGCAAAUAUUUUAUAAUCGUAGUGUGGAAAUUACCACAAUAUUCUGCUAUAAAUAUAGUAAUAUUGUCUAGAAUUUAAUCAACAAAAAUAAUUCAUAAUACCAUCUUUGUGACAAUAUUGCUGACUUGACUGAAAAUGAAGGCGCGAAUAAUGCGUCUUUCUUUAGCGUGGUGCUAGACGUGUAUUGAAAGAAUAUAUUUAUUUAUUGUAAAACGCAUUUUACGGUAUGAUCAGUAUUGUUAGCGAUAUCUUGAAUAUUUUGCUAAAUUGGUAUUAUUUUACAAUAAUACAGAUAGGUAUAGAGGACGAUUUGGGGCAGUGAAGUGAAGGAAGGUUUUCUGCCUCUCUAUACUGUUCCGUUUUUAAGAAUACACAAAAAAAACCUUUCCCUUCGGCUUUUCCCUGUAGUUUCAAAAAAGGAAAUUAUAGCGAAUAGACUAACAUAGUGCGAAUAAUUCAUAUCAGAGGUGCUUUGCUAUCGAAUAUUUCAAAAAACAUUUACGCAAUUUGUUGAUGUGUGAAACAUGUCGAAUUUAUAUCCUAUAUGUAUGAACUUUGAAUGUAUAAAAAUAUUCACUUUUGGGAAGAGCAAUUACAUCAUCUUCUUCCAAUAUAAAUGAUUUAUGAAAAAUACUGGAAAUUAAUGUUGAUGAAGUAUGUACUUUCGGCAAUGUUUGGCUAGGGACCUCGAAUAUCCUGGUAAGCAAGGUAUACGGAACUAACAACAAGACUAAAUUUUAACUAUUAAAAAAAAUAACUGGCGUUCCUAAAUAUCUUAGGCCAAUUAAAUGUAUCUUGAUGUGAAGACGAUAUUACAUUUCGGAUAUUUGUUAGAUACUAAUUGUACUACUUUUAAUGUUUACAAACGUGAUGUAGUCUUUUGUAAACUGCAGUAUGUGCACUUGUAGAACGCAUACAGUUGAGAAAAACAUAUGCAUAAGCAAUUAACGUUCGUAAGUAUUAUUACAUUUACAGUAUAGUCGAGUUCAUAAAUAUAUUGGCAGUGCCCAGUGUUUCAAAAUAUUGAAGCGCAGUAAUGCAAUUAAUUAAUGAACAGUUUGUUUCCAUUUUAUUGAUUGAUAAAAAUCAGCGUCCAGGCAUUAGCUGAGACGGAGACUUUUUGCUGCCGCAACUCUGCGCGAAUUUUUUUUCUUUAAUUUAUUAUUAUAUUAAAUGUGCAUUAAUUAAUGUACUUUUGUUAAACAAUUAUGUAACUUUGUGCAGCAAAUAAAUUAUUACUUACUUACUGAUGUUUAGUUUGUAUUGAAAAUGUGAUCGUUAAAACGCUAACAAUAUUUUGAAACAUUGGCACUGCCAAUUUAUAUUGUACUUCACUCCUACUCUCUAGUAUUAAUUCAAAUCUCUGUCUAGCUAUAAAGUUUAAAUUCGCUUAGGAAUAAUAAAUGUGUGUAGUACUCUUCACUUCACUACAAGAACUAUCAGUGCACAUACUGAUCAUAUUGAUGUACUUAAAUGUGUAGGUUUUUAAUGUAGUAUUUGUAGAUUAUAAGACAACCGUGAUUGGUAUGUCAAACAAUAAUGUAUGAAUUCACCGUUUAUCGAAUAUCUACUAAAGUCCGAGCGCUGUGGUAUGGUGUAGUUGAAUGUGACAGUUUAUUGAGAAUUAGUAAAAUUUUAUCGAAUUAGAUCCUUAAGAGCUAUCAACAUGUUUUAAGCUUUUAAUACAAAUCUAGUCUUUGAAACAAUGUAGUGAUAUCUUAAUGUCUGUUAUCAAUUUUUUUUAUGGACUACCCCACGGAAUUGGGUAUUUGCCACCAGUUCCCAAUAAUUCUAAAGCAUGACUUUUUUAAACAAGACAUUCUGGUCUUAAAAACUUAAACAAUUUUAAAUUACCUGUAAAUUAAGAUUUUUGGUUGCAUUGUAAUUGAAAAAAGUAGUUUAUUUGACUUGACAACAUAGUGACGUCACUGGCUAGUAUUGCCAUACAAAAUAUAUGGUAGUCUCGUUUUGACCGUUUUAA